AUGGGGAAGAAGGGCAAGUGGUUCGGCGCCGUCAAGAAGGUCUUCAGCCCUGAAUCCAAGAAGAAGGAGGAGGAGAGACUAAGGAGGAAAUCAGCAGCUAGCAACCCAACACCGCUAGAUCUGACCCCAUCUACCUCCUUGGAAGUCGAUGUUUCGGUGCCACCCCCUCCAGCUCCAGCUCCUCCAGUUCUUCACCAGGCCGAGGAGGUCAGGAUCCCUGAAGCCGAGCAGGAGCAGAGCAAGCAUGUCACCGUGGAGGAGGCCCCUGCUGCCCCAGCACAGGCGUCGGUGCUGCCACCUGGUGUGCCAACCGAAGAGCUCGCUGCAGUCAAGAUCCAGACCGCCUUCCGAGGUUACCUGGCAAGGAGGGCACUAAGAGCACUGCGAGGCCUUGUUCGAUUGAAGUCAUUGGUUGAGGGUAAUUCAGUCAAGCGUCAAUCUGCAAGCACUCUGCGCUGUAUGCAAACUCUAUCGCGGGUGCAGUCACAAAUACGUUCUAGGAGAGCAAAGAUGUCCGAGGAGAACCAGGCUCUCCAACGCCAGCUCCUACUUAAACAGGAAUUGGAGAAUUUCAGAAUGGGUGAGAACUGGGAUGACAGCACUCAAUCCAAGGAGCAAAUCGAGGCAAGCCUGAUAAGCAGACAAGAAGCAGCGAUAAGAAGAGAAAGAGCGCUUGCAUAUGCAUUUUCACAUCAGUGGAAGAAUACAUCAAGAUCUGUCAACCCAAUGUUUGUAGACCCAAACAACUUGCAGUGGGGCUGGAGCUGGUUGGAGCGCUGGAUGGCAGCAAAACCUUGGGAGGGCCGCAAUGGGGCUGACAAGGAGAGCAACAUUGACCGCGGAUCCGUUAAGAGUAUGAGCUUGAACCUUGGAGAGGGUGAAAUCACAAAAGCUUUCAACCGCCGGGACUCAAAACCAGAAAAGCCAUCACCACCAACUCCAAAACCGACCCGUCCAGCCUCCAGGCAAUCCCCUUCGACACCAUCUGCUAAAGUGGCACCAAUACCUGCCAGGAGGAAAUCCGCCACGCCAAAGAAUGGUGUUUCACAGGUGGACGAUGACGCUAGGAGUGUGCUCAGCAUGCAGUCUGAGCGACCAAGGAGGCACAGUAUAGCCACCUCGACUGUGCGGGACGAUGAAAGCCUCGCAAGCUCCCCAUCACUCCCAAGCUACAUGGUUCCCACGGAAUCUGCAAGAGCCAAAUCUCGCCUCCAGGGCUCAGCAAUGACCAAUGGCGCAGAGACACCGGAGAAAGGAGGCUCUACUGGACCGGUCAAGAAGAGGUUGUCCUUCCAAGGUGGAACUGCGGCUGCCUCACCAAUGCGGCGGCAUUCUGGUCCUCCCAAGGUGGAGAAUGCAGUGAAGGACAUUGUUGCGCCACCGCAGCCAGAGGCCUUGGUAGUCAAUGGUGGAAGCAAGUGA